AUGAAGUUGACGGUCGGAAUUACUACUUGGCUUCUGAGCCUACACAGCGUGCUGGGUCGAGUCGGCGCGCCCGUCCGAACCAGCAGUGGAUUAAUUGAGGGCCACGCAGCCGCUCGACGACCAAGCGUGUCGGAGUACCUGGGGAUCCCUUAUGCUGUGUCCCCAACCGGAGACCUACGAUUUGCGCCGCCGGUUGUAUAUAGCGCCAACGACACGAUUCGCGCGGCGGAAUAUAGCCCGUAG